GUUGCGAGCGGCAAAAUCCAACUGAAACCCGGAGCGGGGCAGUUGCUCAGUCUCGGGGCACGGGGAGACCCGGCUGUCGCUCUCCCGGGCCCGGACAGCGCGUCACGCGCGACCUGCCCCGCCGGGCCCGCCCCAGAGUCCCUGGAGGCGCGAGCAACGCCAGCUGCCGAGGCCACUCUCCAAGGCAGCGAUCAUCAACUAUGACCUCUUGGGUUUUGAGGCUGCUUCCUAGGAAUGUCCAUUCCUUGCCUACAUCAUCACGGAACCGUAGAGUUGAGGAUCGUCAUCGGCACCAUGAGGCUUAUGGAUACUUCUUGCCCAUCCAGACGAGGUGGCAGGACAAUGACCAGUACGGCCAUGUGAACAAUGUCGUGUACUACAGCUACUUCGACACUAUUAUCAACCACUACCUGAUCAGGUACUGUGGCCUGAAAACCGGCUUGCUGACGUCCCCUUUGGUGGGGUUCAUGGUGACCAAUCAGUGCACUUUCCACACACCCAUCGGCUUUCCUCAGAUCCCAGUGGCUGCCUUGGCUGUGGAGAAAGUAGGCCAGACCAGCGUGCAGUACCGACUUGCUCUGUUUCCACCAAAGCCCCCCAAGGAGCCACCUUCAGUAGAUCACCGUGACCUCAGUGAUGGCUUUUUCUUUGGCCACCCCAAGCUGGCGCAGUUUGAUGCUUUGGCCUGUACGACUGGGUCUUCAGUCCAUGUCUUUGUGAGCCCAGCCACCGGCAAGCCAACGGCCCUCCCAGAAGACUUCAAGGGGGGCCUCCUGAGGCUGAUGAACCCAGCUUCAGUGUGAAUCAUCUCUACAUGGAAUUGCAGAGCCCAUAAAAUAAAGUUUAGAUUAUUCUUUAAAUGAUUUAUUUUGAUUCUCAAGCAUAUGUAUUUUUGCCCUUAACUGUCAGGUCCUUCAAAGUUUUUAUACAGUGUCACAUACAGAGUCACAUACUUUUAUACAGUCUCCAUUGAUCAAGCAUCUCCUUGCAUCAGGCCCUGGGCUAAGCGCUUUACACAUUAUCUUACUGAAUCCUUCCAUUAACCCAAUGAGGGACAUACUACUACCCUCGUUUUACAGAAGAGGAAAAUGAAGUGGGAAUUAUUGGCCAAAAGUCAUUCAGCUAGUGAGUCUGUCUGACUCCAAAGCCUAUGCUGUCAACCUCCACACUAAUAUUGCAUCUCCAAUCCAUGCCAGCAUCAGAAAUCAGGAAGACAUAUUACCAUGGGAGGCAGUCUACUUCCUUGAAAGGAGCACCAUUCCCUGGCUAUAAACAAACUGGACAUGCUUUCUACAGCAUGUAUCCUUCUUUAUCUCCAAUAUCUUAGCAGUAUGGCCCUUUUCAGUCCUCACAGUUCUUGCCCAUACGCUUAGCUCACCUAAUCCUGCUCUGAGAAAUGGGUAUCAUUAGUCUCAUUAUUACUCUCAUUGUCUCCAUUGUACAAUCAGAACAGGCUCUUCAGGAGGGAAGUGGCCUGCCCAAGAUCACAGAACUCCUGAGUGGCAGGGCUAGAAUGGGAAUCCAGCCAGGUGUUUAAGCCCGAGUCUUUCCCUACCACAAGCUCUGCAUUUCAUACCAGUGGUCUUGAAUGUUCAAAUUACCCCAUGUUUUGCCACCAAUUUAUUCAAUUGUGGAGAUGGUAGCGGUGGUUUCACCAAGAGGCUCUUAAAUUAGAAGCAAUGUAGCAGGGCAAUUAAGAGGGUGGGUUGCAUCGUUAGAGAGAGUCCUGAAUCUGCCAUUUCUAAGUAGAGGAACCUCACAUCCCCGUUCACCUACAGUUGUGCAGAUGGUGUCAGCAUCAUGGCUGACCCACUGUGGGCUUCACAGGGUGUGAGUACAAAUAGAGGUCCAUGGGCCACUCCAUUUUCUUUCCUACCAACAGGCUCCAUAUACUUGGGUGUGGACACCCCAGCCUACAUGU